CUUGUUUGGAACGCCUACUUGGCCUUUUUUUUUUUAUUUUUUUAUUUUUUUGGGAGCUCUUUCCACGAUGGCGAGAAUAACAGAAAUUGUGAUGCCAAAAGCAUGGGAAUGAACGGCCAUGGAAAUACUCUAUCUGCUGUGCUCAAUCCUCUCCACCUUUCUCAGCUCCCUCAUUCUCUCUGUCCUUCUCCCCUUCCGCUUCCUCCUCCGCCGCUGCGGGCUUUCUCCAGCCGCCGCCACAGAUUCUCUCUCUCUCUACGAAGGAACGGUCUGGCACGAGCGCCGGCGACCGGUCCACCACGCCUUCCGCUACUCCGUUAGGUACGCGCUCAUCGGCCUUGACGGCGCGUGCAGUCCACUUCCCAGCCACCUCUCCGCAGACGAAGCUCGCCGAUUCGCCGGCUCUACCGGUCCCGUUUUGCUUUUAACAAUACCUGAAAGCGUUGGGUAUGAGCAAAAUCCAUUGAGUUUGUAUUAUUGCUACGAUGUGGAAGACUCUUCUAAGAAUUUGAACAAGUGUAUUGCCGAGGUAACCAAUACUCCAUGGGGUGAAAGAGGGUUAUUCGUUUUCGAUCCCAAGUCUGAUUUAAUAGCAAAACCCUUGCACGUCAGUCCAUUUAUGGAUAUGCUUGGUAAUUGGAGCAUCAAAGCAAAUGCUCCAGGUGAUAAUCUAUUUGUGGCAAUUUCAGUUCAGCACCCAACACUUGGUGACUAUUUCACUGCUACUUUGAGAGCCAAGAAAGUUUCAUCGUCAUCAGUGUCUGAUCAUUCACUAUUCUUCUGGUUGAUGCCACAUAAAGUUGCAGUGUGGAUAUACUGGCAUGCCCUUAAGCUAUGGUGGAAAAAUGUAUCAUUUAUCCAACAUCCGAGGUGUACCAAUCCCGAAUACAGGGAGGAAGCCAUGAUACGCGAUCAAAAACUUAGAUGUUGUCCAGUUGCCGGAGUAGACAAAGAUGAGCAUAUGAAAACUGAAGAAUUUCAAGAAUGCUUGGCUAGCACUAACUGUGGAGCUCGUCGGUUCAAAUGGAGGAAUGCUAAGUGGCCUUGGUAUUAAAUACCAAGCUUAAGACCUUGUCAUUUAUGUGAAGGUAUUCUGGCUUGUUCCUUCUGUUUCUGCUUCCGCUUCUGUAUCGUCUGUACUUUGCUAUUUAUGAGCUGGUCUUGGAAUAAACAAGCUCAUUGAAGGGGAAAAAAUGUUUUAAGGUUCACUCGAAUCUGCAAUUUUAUUAAAUAUUUGCCCCUCUCAGUCAACCUCUUCACCCCAUUUUCGCUAUUUACGGCGAUCGAGAGAAGGCUCGAACUGUUAUUGCCACUCUCGACCACCAAUGUUUUCCAAGAAUUUUGGUUUGCAUAAAUAUAAGUUUAAACCAAAGCUUUGCUGGAAAAUUUUGGCUGAACCAUUGAUGUUGUUAAUAACGAAGCAUAUUGGUUGAAUAAAAAGCAAUACUU